CCAAUGACAGUUCGGAGAGCUUGAGACCUGCACUAAUGCCACUCGUCAGGGGCGUGUCCUUGCAACAGAUCUCACCGCCUGCACUCUACGUCAUGCUAGUCAAUAGCCAAAAAAAAAUUGGGCGAUGGAUGAAUGGAAAAAGUACUAUGAACUGAUGAAAAUUUAAAGUUUUUAAAAUUUAAAGUUUUUGGAAAUAAAUGAAGCCCAGACCCCAUUGAGUUAUUAUGGGAUGAACUGGAUAGAAAAAUAAGAACUGUAUGACCAACAUCAAAAUCUCAUAGAACAUUAUAGAACUGGAAUGGAAAAAUAUUUAGAAAGAAACAAUUAUAAAAUUAGUUGAAAGAAUGCCGAGAAUAGUUAAAGCCGUUAUUAAAUUAAUGGUUUUUUUGACGAAAAGAAAAUUUAAUUAUUAUAAUAGAUUUUAUAAAGUUUUAUUGCAUAAAACUGACUAAAAAUAUAUUUUAUAUUGAAAUAUGUAUAAAAAAUAUAAUUUCUAUUACUAUAAAUUAAAAAUUCUUUAACGUAGUUACAUAUUAAUAUUGAUUUUUUGAAAAAAUCUCCAUUGUCUUAAUUUCUGUGAGUGGCAGUGUAUAUAUUUAUAUCAAAAGUACCAGAUAGUAAAGUAAUCACCUAAGAGGGUUCCAUUAAAAAUUACGCAACUCCAAGAUGUAUUUAAAUAGAUGAGUUGAAUGUAUCUGUUGCACUGAAAGAUUUUUAUAUUCAAAAGUUUAAGAGAAUUGAUGAAUUUGAACCCCCUCUAAAAACACCUGCUAAUGUUGAUUUAUUAGAUAAAUUUAUUGAACUAUCUAUUGUUGAUGCAGUAAAUGUGCAAAAAGAUGCUUUUUGUACCGUUGAACGAAUAGAAUUUCUUAAAAAACAAUUAAAUUAUAAACUGGUACCUUACAAUGAUGUUUUUAAAGAUGAAAAAUCUUUACUGUUAAUUUCAGGCAUAGCUGGAAUUGGUAAGUCUUGGUUGCUCAGAAAAUGUGUGCUUGAUUGGGCUAAUAAUCUUAUUUGGGAUAAAAUAGAAUUUGUCUUUUAUUUUGAGUGCAGAAUGCUUAAUCUUUAUCAAAGUAUUUCUAACAUAAACAAAUUACUUGAUGUUUUCUACAAAAAUUUUGUAAAAGAUAUUGAUAUCAAUAACCAUAACAUAAUAUUUGUGAUUGAUGGAUUAGAUGAGUUUAAAUAUUUAAAUGAAUUAAUAAAUCCAAGUUUGACUUGUAACUAUCCAAUUGUUAAUGCUUUAGCAGAAAUUCAAAAAUACAAACAUGUAGUUGCUGGUCGAGUUUAUGCAAUUGAUCAAUACCAAAGUAUAUCUCCAGAGCAUAAUGAUAAGUUAACCAUUCAAAUAAUGGGGUUUAGCAAGAAUGGAAUAAAUAAUUAUGUAGACAAAAAUGUCGUUGACGAAAAAAAAGAAGUUGUAAAGACAACUUUAAAGGAAUCUCCAAUUGCAAAAGCCAUGGGAUCUGUUCCAUUUUAUUUAUCUGCCAUGUGUAAAACUAUUAGUGAUUCAAACAAAAUAUAUACAACUUCUUACUUAACAAUGACAGAUUUGUAUGCGAAUAUUUUUUUAUACUUUUUUCAAAAGCACAUUAUCAAAAACAAUGGAUUAGUUUAUCAAAUAAUGAAUAAUGAAAGUAACAAGAAAUAUGUUUUGAAUAUUUGUAAGAUAGCUUAUAAAUUGUUUAUUGAAAAUAAAAUUAUUUUUUCGGAAGAGGAAAUUUUGCCAUUUAUUAAUGACUUAAAUGGAGUCGAAGAAAGUUUUUUUGGUUUUAUUGAAAGAGUUGAAACACAUCUUGGCUAUCAUUACCAGUUUGCACAUAUGACAGUAAUGGAGUUUUGUGCAUCUGUAUAUGCAUACAAUUGUUUAAGUAGUGAAGAGAUUUUGGCUAAUGUAAAGCUUAAGAAUUGUUUAUCAAUGAUCUGUGGAUUAACUAAUAAAAAUCAAAAUAGUUUUUAAAGUUUCUUGUUAACUUAAAUCCUUCAAAAAAAUCAUAUGGAGAAUCUUUACUUUAUUUGUCUAUUUUGGAUCGUCUGCUUGAAAGUCGUCGUAAUAAUUUAUUUAUUGAAUGUUUUUAUGAAAGUCAAUCUUCAUUCAUUGAUGAAAUAAUAUCAAUCGUCGAGAAACGUAAUGAUUGGAAGAUUUUGAUUGGCGAUUGUUUGAAAACUUCUUACGAAAUUUCUUGCGAAAACUAUUUUAUAGAUCAUUACAUAAAAUCUAGAAGAAAAUUAAUGGAGUUCAUUGUUUUUAAAAAUAUUUUUAGUGAUGAAGAAAAGAAUAUUUUAAUUCAAUGCUCAACUAAUGUUCGCGAUGUCACUUUUUAUUGUCCAAUUAAAUUUGAAGGAUGGAAACCGAAAGACAAGAUUAAAUGUUUAAAGAUAUGGAUCUCGCGUUACUUAAUACCAAGAAAAUUUUUUGAAGAGAACUUUCUUCCGUGGAUUAAUCUUUGUGAGGAGUUAAAGCUUUACCUUCACGACGACAUUGAUUUUAUUGAAAAUAUUUAUGAAUGGAUUUCUUGUUCGAAUAUCAAGAAGUUUAAGAUCAAGUACCGUAGAAAAUAUAUUCAUAACCUCGAUAAAUUAAAGAACCUAAUAACACAGAAAAAUGUUUAAUAUUAAAUUUAUAAUAAAAUAAA